CUUCCUCUUUUUUCUGUGAGGUGAUGCUUAUCUUUCUUCUCAUGAAGUGAUGAUAGGCCAGCAGGCUUCCUCUCUUCAAUUUGUCCUGUUGUCACAUCAGCUGUAUUCUGUAUUUCUACAUUUGUGUUCUGUAUUGCUGUCAUCUGAAAUUAUUUCUAUAGGACCUCAGCAACAUGCAAAGGAUAAAGUGGUGGCACUUCUGGUGGCUGGUCCUAUCUUCGGUGCCCCAUAACAACACCUUGGAAAAUGUACUUGCCCAAAGAAAUUCAGGUUCAGGUCAGUCUACAAGUCUAGAAGAAAGUCUGAAUGCAAGAUGUGGCAUUGAAAUCUUAAAGGACCCAGAAAAGAACCCAAAUACUACAUCCAUGGCGGUUAGCCGUUUGGUGAAGACCCAGCACCAACCUAAAGUCCGCUUCACAGGCCUUCAAAUUUAUGCCAAUGAUAACAUGGCAAGGUCAGACAUGGCUGUCACCAACUGCAAAGUGAGGGUUCAACUGCCGAGAGAGAUGGACGUUGGGUCAAACGACACGAUUGUGUUCUGCAUGCUCACCUGGCCUGAAGAUUUGAAGAUUUGGAAGUCUCAGGACAUAUGGGGAGCCCCAGGUGUACUGUAUGAGAGCAGACUGGUUGGCCUGAGUGUGCAUGGAAAGACUAUUUCUGGACUACAGGAGCAUGUUAACAUCACCAUGAAUCUUACUACAAACAUAAAUGAGAGCCAAACACUCACAUGUGUGUUCUUAAAUGUUUCCGCACAGGAAUACAGUAGUGCAGGCUGCCUAACACAGUGGAAACGUGGUCAGAGUCAUAUCACAUGUUCCUGUGACCACCUCACAUACUUCGGUGUGCUGAUGGUGUCUGUUCCCCUCUCAUCUGAAGACCAUGAGAUUCUGUCAUAUAUCACUCUGAUUGGCUGUAGUCUUUCUCUCUUUGCCCUGGUCAUUGCUGUUCUGAUGUUCAUCACAAAUAAAAAAGCCAGAACAGAUGUCUCUAUGAAGGUCCACAUCAACCUUGCCAUUGCCCUGAUCCUUCUCAACGCACACUUCCUCCCUAAUCAAACUGUGGCAGCACUCCCCUCCAAUGGGCUUUGCCUUUACAUGGCGCUUUCUCUGCACUACUCACUACUGGCCACUUUCAGCUGGAUGGCAUUGGAGGGGUUCCACCUUUACCUUCUCUUAGUCAGAGUCUUCAAUAUCUAUGUCAGGAGAUAUCUGCUCAAACUCAGUGUGGUGGGAUGGGGUGUUCCUGCAGUCAUUGUGUCCCUGGUGGUCAUUAUAAAAAGAGACUCAUAUGGUCGUGUUCCUGUAGACUCGUCCAACUCCAGCAACACUACAAUAUGCUACAUGGCCAACGACACAGUGAAGAUGGUAACUGUGAUGGGAGUGUUUGGCUUAGUGUUCAUCUUUAAUGUGACCAUGUUAGGGGUGACCAUCGCACGUCUUAUGAGUCUCCACCGUAGCAAAAAGGUUAGGCAGAGUGACUGUUACAGAGCCAAGCGAGACGCCUGUACCCUCCUGGGAGUCACCAUUCUACUUGGCAUCACCUGGGGCCUGAUCUUCUUCUCAUAUGGCAACCUGCCCGCUCCUGGCCUUUACCUCUUCUGUAUUCUGAACUCACUGCAAGGUUUCUUCAUCUUCCUGUGGUUUGUGAUGUCUUUAAGAAAGAAUGGAAACUCAACUGCUAAGGCAAGCGGUGAAACACCUAGCACCAGCAGUCAAGUCAAGUCAAGUCAAAUUUCAUCUGUAUAGCCUUAAUCAGAAAUUUGCCUAAAGGAGUUUUACAUAUAGCAUACAAUUCCCUCGGUUCUUAGACCAUCAAAUCAAGACUCCCCGAAAUAUUUAAUGGACAUAAAAGAAUAGAAGAAACCUUAGGAAGAGCAACAGAGCAGGGAUCGCUCUUCCAGAAUGGACAGACAUACAAUAGAUGCAAUGUCAACAGCAAAGCCUAUGUAGAACUACUGUAGUAACACACCAAGACACUUUUUGUGUAUGUGUAUGCAUGUGUGCGUGGUGGUGGUGGGGGUUGGGAUCCUUAUUACUGAAAUACAGUUUGAUGUUAUUAUUUCUACUUUAGAUCAUGAUGUUUUCAUGUAUAACAAUGUAGCAGAGAAGCAAAUAUCAUGCUAACUAUUGUAAGGUAAUCUAAUAUUCAAUGUAAAACAUUUUAGCAGCUCACAGCAUUAGUGCUAUUUUAAAAACUUUGUUGUUAAUAUAACUGGUGUGCUUAGAAAGACUUUGCAGUGAUGGGUUCUAUCCAUCCAUCUAUCCACUGGGCAAAAGGCAGGAAAGCACAAUCGCAUCAAUGGGAAAUUUUUUUACUUCAGCCAUUCUGUUCACAACUCUGAAAAUAAACCCCUUACAGAAAACUGAGAACCAAGAACAAACUAGCUGUGAUUGUCACACCUCAACUGUGCCAUAUUGAACUUUUUGCUACAAAGAACAUGUAUGAUAGCAUUGAAAGGAUAUCAUUCAUUUCCUGUCUCUCCCUGUAAGGUACACCAUUGAAAGGAAUACUCUCAGGAAAUCAACUAAGUAGAAAG